AUGAAUGAAAAACACCAACAGCCAGUCAUACUUCUAGUUCACGGUGCUUGGCAUCAACCUUUCCACUACCGUCUUCUCAUCCAAGCUUUCCAGCAACAAGGCUUCACAGUUCUUGCACCGCCUCUCGCAAGUUCUGGCUACGAUGAUUCUGUCGAUGGCAAGACAUACCACGAUGAUGUAAAGAGGAUCCACGACGCAGUUCUGCCCUACAUUGAUAGUGGGAGGAAAAUAAUUGGCAUUGGUCAUAGUUAUGGAGCUAUCCCUCUCACCGUGGCGAUUGACGGUCAUAGUAUUGCAGAGAGAGAGCGGAAAGGUCUUGUUGGUGGUUUCGGCUCUGUUAUCUAUGUGGCUCCAACGCCUGUCCUACACAAGGGUAUCUCCAUGUAUGAGGCUGCGGGCGAGCAUUACAAGACGCCAUUCUUUCAUGAUGUAUCAGAUACACGUAUGCCAUUGAAGCUGGAUAGGGUUGAAGAAGCAUUCCUCUCAGAUAUUGACCAGAGGAUCGCGGAUGAGAUUAUCCCGACACUUUGCCAUCAAAGCAAGGGCCCCUUCGAAGUUCCUAUCGUUUGCACCCCGGAAGACCUGAGGAUUCCCAAGACCAUGGUGAUUUGCAAGAAUGACCCUAUUUUCGGGAGGGAGAUGCUUUUGGCCGUGGCGCAGAAUUGGGGUGCUGACACUUUGGAGAUCGAAUCUGGACAUAGUCCACAUCUGGUUGAAGAGCACAGAAAGUGGCUUGUAGAGCUUGUGUCCGAAGAGAGCACGAAGCUAUAA